GUAUAAAAGGAGCGACUCGCGAUCGCCGACCGCAACAGAGCAGGCUGCUACGGCGCGGACCGGAGUAACACGUGUCGGGUCGUGCAACAGUGCGCAAAUCUGAUGAAAAUAUUUCGUGAGAAAAGUUCUUCACUUGGUCCGACAUCUUAGUCCUUGCGUCAUGUUCUGCAGAAGCAUUAGUUGGUUCAUCUGCAUUUUGGUGGCCGAAGUCAUAGCUGCAAAUUGCAGUGACUCAGAUUCUAUUAAAGGACCCGCUUUGGAAGUCAAUGUUUUACGCUUAAGAUCUGGAAACCCAGGACAGUCCACAGUGGAACCAGAAACGGAGGCUAAGGAGACCCCAGCUGUGGAUCUGAGCGCCCUGUUGGACGCCGGGGAGGGCGCCGUGGUGACCCUGGUGGCCGGCGACACGCGUCUUGCAGCGCACAGGGCCGUCCUGGCUUCCAGGAGCCCUGUGUUCGAAGCCAUGUUCCGGCAGGAUCCGCUGGAGGCCAGCAGCGGUCAGGUCGCAGUACAGGACGUGGAGGGCCCAGUGCUGCGCCAGCUGCUGGCCUACCUGUAUACACUCCAGGCCCCCCGGCUGCCCGGCAUGUCUGCACAGCUGCUGGCCGCCGCUGAUAAGUACGGCGUGUCGGCCCUGAAGGCGGAGUGCGAGCUGCAGCUGGCCGCACAGCUGUCCGUCGAGACAGCGGCUGCCACGGCUGCUCUCGCGGUCAGGCACUCUUCUGACAGCCUCAAGCAGGCGGCCAUUAAAUUCAUAAGGGCUCACUUGGCGCAGGUGAUUGUCACACGGGGCUGGGCUGAUGCAGUGCGCUCCCAGCCUCAAGACAUGGCUGAUGUGUAUCGCCUGCUCUUGGAGACGCCAAUGGAAACCAGCACACCAGCCACUACAGACAGCUCAGUCGCCCCCACCACUCAGCUGCAGAGCAACCAUGGUGACAACAGCCGGACUUCCGCCUCAGCUAUCACGCCCACAGCUGCCAGCCCGACUCCCUCAACCGAUAGCGCCGCCAUCACUCUGCUGAGGAGUAUUUGUGGAGAGGAGAAGGGCCGGAGGCUGAUACACGCAGCUAAGGAAGGGGCAGUGGAGGAGCUGCAGGCCCUGCUUAAGGCUGGAGCAGAUGUGGAGGCGAUGGAUGGGAACAUGGAGACCGCCUUGCACUGGGCAGCGAAGCUGGGCCACGUGGAGGUAGCGAGGCGUCUGUUGGAGGCCGGGGCAGAAGUGGAAGCCAGGAACGAUAGGAAGAGAACGCCGCUGCAAAUGGCUGCAGAGAGAGGCCACGCAGCUAUGGUGCAGUUACUCAUAGCGUCUAAUGCCGACGUCAAUGCCAAGAGUCAGUAUGAGCGUACAGCAAUGCACUAUGCGGCACUGCACGGCCAUGCAGAAAUUGUGAAUACGUUGCUGGAGGCAAGGGCAGAAGUGGAUGCCAGGAAUGAGAAGCAGAGCACAGCUCUGCACAUUUCUGCAUGGAAAGGCCACACAGCUGUGGUGCGGCUGCUGUUGGCGUCUAAAGCCAACCCCAAUGUCGUGAAUAAAUCUGGGAAGACGCCGCUGCACUAUGCGGCCCAGGAGGGCCACAGUGAGGUAGCGACACUGCUGCUCGAGGCAGGGGCUAACAGGAAGGCCAGAGAUAAUGAUGGGAACACAUCAAGAGACCUCGCAAGGCUGAAAAAACUCCAGAAGUUGAUAUAAGUGCUAAGAUGAAGCUAGAAGUCCGUCAGAUGUGUCUAGACCAAAACCAGAUGAGUUUCAUCAAGUGAAUUUUGGUUCUUUUUAAAACAAAGAAUACAAAAAGAUAAUCUGACAGUUGUUCUUUGUACACAAAUUAAUAUAGUGCUUACAUCUAAUCUACUAGCACCACAACAAAAACAAUAAUGAGAGAUACCUACUAACUAAUGUACACACCAGGAAGCACGCUUCCUUUCGUGAAAAUUCGGAAAAAUCGAAACAUGCCCCAGCUACUGAUAAAGACCAGUUCUCUAUAUCUGAGUACUGAAAGAUACUUGAUAGGAACAUGUCUGGUGCAUUGAGAAACUCCUGUGAAUUUGCAAGAAAUGUGUUCUCAAUUGGAAAUAUGACGAGACUACAGCUGUGACCUCCAUUUCUCACCCCGUAUUCAUCUUCUGCAUUCACAGUCGCUGUGAUUGCUGCACAGAAGAAGACUCAUUAUUAUAGUCAUGACAUUUGACUAGACAUGAAAACAGUAUUUACAGUACCAGUAUUUAAUGAUCUACUAUGCAGUGUUAUCUGAUUUAGCCUGUUCCAGGGCAACGAUAGUGUGGGCCACCAAAGAGGAUGCCAUAUUUUGAUUACAUGGGGAUCUGAGACUAAGGGCUAGCCCUUUAUUUAGAAAACACAUUUGCUCGUGAUUAAAAAUGAUUCUAGUUUGGUUGUAAACCGUAUGGUAAAAGUUAAAAUUACAUUCAGGAGCUACUUCUGAAGAAGAGUCAAACCUGACACCUAAUCUCUCCAGCUUCCUGAUAUUAGAACUAAUAAUAUUAUCCUUCAGACAAUCAAUGAGAUACAUAAUAUGUGCAUAUGCAUCGCCGAAAAUAAAAUGGGUCAGUUCAUUAGAAAAUUUAA